AUGCCAAACACACCAAAUAUGGAGGCUGAACAAAAGAAUUUUCUUACCAAUGAAUCUCAAGAAGAAGGAACAACAAACAACAUAGAAGGAAAGGGAAAUGAAAAAAACAUACUUGAAGAAAAGAAUGAUCAAGGAAAAGGAAAAGAACAAGAAGUUUAUAAAAGAUCAAAGAGGACAACAACUAAAACAGAGCCUUACCAAUCACCUUACAUGAGUCGGACAGUUGAAGUGAGAAAAAAAUUAGAAGCUGUUGAGAUAAGGAUUUCAAAUCCAUAUUCUCACUACAAAAGGAUCACAAGAAAACUGAAUGAAGCAAUGAAGAACUACCCACAUCUAAAGGAUUUUAAAAAAGUUGGAAUUUUCAAUUUGAUGAUAUCGUACUUGAUUGAUAAAAAACACCCAAAAGCAGACGAUUUACUAAAGAUGGAAGUUGCGAUUUUUAAACUGAAGUGGUUGACAGAAAACAACGUGAACAACAGUGGAGUUAUGUUGAUGAGACAUAUGGAAACUUUCAAGGGACAAUGGCCAAAUAACUGGGAUUCUGAGAUUAAAAAAGAUCAAAAGCAAUAG